AUGCCGGAAUUCGGCUUUUAUCCUCAUCUCACAGCCACAGGACCGCCACCCUUCUACCGCGAUGUGGCUGCCUCAUACCGCGAACAUUUCCUCGAGCUCGUAGACGCAGGAACCUUACGACCUAUGGUUCUGCACUACCAUCUGAUGGGCUAUGCCUUUCUGCUCACCUACCUCUGUUUCCCCCACAAGAACCGACCUUGGCUGUAUAACGCGCGAUGGGCGGUGCUUGGUUUGAUAACGUGGUGGAACUAUACAACUUUGUGGGAAACGAGUAGUGGGAGUCAUGCAACAAACAUGGUUGUCGGUGUGAUAUCUUCGUAUGGCUGGGCAACGGCUUGCACAUGGUUGUUCUUAUCGAAGCCACAAUGGGACGCGAAAAGGGUACAGAGGAGAAUGGUGCAUUUAGACCCAUCAGACAAGGGAAUAUGUAUCAACGGGCACGCAAGAGAUAUCUCUCUGCAGACGAAUGGACAUGUGGCAGCGGAGAAAUUCUCAGCUCUCAAAGGCCGAACACAAGUCGCCAUAUCGAAAGGAGGAGAUGGUACAGAUUUGAUGGCAAAGGCUAAUGGAAAUGGAAAUGGAAAUAUUUCUCAAGUUGAAGAAUAUUUCUGGGAGUCAUAUCCUGAAAGUUUUCGAGACCGGUUCUUCUGGACAUCAGAUCUUCUGAUAAAUUUUCGUGGACCAGGAUGGAACUGGGCAGUUCCAGGACUCCCAGCUCCACCAGAAUCCAUCAGCAAGCACCUGAAGGGUCUUGACAUGAAAUCAGCCAGAAGUGGAAUCUCCUUUACGGGCCUCCAACGUUUCGAUACCCGUCAAGAGCUUUUCCGUUACCUAUAUCCACGAUUUGUGGCUGGUUACUUUCUCAUUGACUUUCUAAAAACUAUAAUGAUGAAAGAUCCCUAUUUCAUUUUUGGACCGACUACCUAUGCUUUACCACCCUUUCUCCAAAAACUGUCUCCUUUAGGAUUAUGGUGUUGCCGUGCCGUAUUGUCAGGCGUGACCAUUAUCCAUGCUCUAGAGAUGGCCUUUAUGCUUGGUCCUCUCCUUCUUUGCUUCAUUCUUGGUCCCAAAGUGAUAGGCCAGCGAGGAGAAGCUUGGUACUACCCUACUGUGUGGGGCUCUUUCUCGAAUGUCCUAGACAAAGGUUUGAACGGGCUUUGGGGGGGUUACUGGCAUCAGACUUUCCGCCUCUCCUUUGCUGCUCCAACAAAAUUCCUUAUCGGCCAUGGAUAUAUUGAAAAGCGAUCAAUAGUGUCCAAAGUUCUUCAGCUUUUCUUUGCCUUUGGUAUCUCGGGCAUAAUCCAUUUUGCAGGUUCUGUCACGCAAUUGGCUAGAACACAUCAUUUGCACAACCCCAUUUUCUUCAUGUUGCAGGCCCUCGGAAUCUUGAUCCAAAGCACCGCUUGCGCGAUCUUGAAUCCAUUUAUCAUAAAAUUGCCAACAUCAAUACGGCGGACGGGCAAUUGUCUCUUCGUUGUAGUUUGGUUGUUGGCUACAGGAUCAUGGUUAGCUGAUGAUUUUGCCAGAGGUGGAGUUUGGUUAUGGGAACCCGUUCCAAUCAGCCCUUUUAGAGGGUUGGGAUUUGGACUACAAGGUGAUGGGUGGUGGUGCUGGGAUGUGUUUGGUUGGGGUUGGCAUCACGGUGAGCAUUGGUGGGAUAGUGGUUUCGCAAUGUGA